AUGGUGUGUGUACACUCUUCACCCUCACCAGAGGGAGAAGAGACAACGUCUUCCGGCAGGCUUGACCACUCGUCCAUAGAUGCUGCGGUGGACAUGGCAUCGUCCCUAUCAUCAGAUCAGCCAAAUGUUAUAAGACCAUGCACUCCGACAGAGGGUCGGAGAUCCUCAUGUGCAUACUGCAGGGGUGAGGAUGCUGCAUCGGGAGACCAAGGUUUUCGCUGGGUUUGCGCCAAUGCAAGAUCCUCACCAUGCCUCCUCGCUCGUGUGGUCCCUCGGGAGUCACAGAGGAGUUAUAACAGUUAUAUAAAUCAUAAGAAAAAAGAUUUAUAUAUAUAUAUAUAUAAAAACAAUAAAGACAUUGCCAAUGAGACACCUGGGGUGGACUUCCUGAGACAAAUAGAAAGUGGCAGUCUUCAGGCGCGAUAUGCCAACUUCACCAUACAAGACAUCAGCUAUCUACUCAAAGUGACCAAGAUGUUGAAGAACAUUUGUGAAAAAGUAAUCAAGUCUAAAAUUGAUUAAUUGAGGGACGUUAUGAAAGGCAGAGACUCAGUUUACAAAAGUUUUGCAGACUUAAUGCUCAAUCAAUACUUUUUCAAGGGUGAACCUGCUAUUCAGGAAACUCCAGCUAUGAGUAAUUAUCUGUCAUUAUACAGAGAGCUGAUGUCACUUUACUUUGCUGUGGGUCUUUUGCCCUGCUCUAGACUCUGGGUAUGGCUGGCUAACAAUCUGAUCAUCCCUCCAACCAAUGCCUACUGCACUUGGAGGUUAGAGAAUAUGAACGGUCAUCCUGAGAAGCACUACACAGCUGAAAAAGUGCGUGCGGCCUUCACCUCUGCCCAAAAUGUGUCCUAUCACCAUCCUCAAGCCUGCAAUGCCACUUUUGACACGGAUGUGCUGAGCCCAGAACAGAGAAUCGCUUAUGAAGAGGAUGGAUUCAUUCUUGUUCCAAACCUGGUAUCGGAUGAACACAUUGAACGAUUCAGGAAGGCAUUUGAGCGCAUAUGUAAGAGAGAGGUGAAGGUGCCUGGUUUGGUGGUCAUGAAAGAUGUAUCCAUUGAAGACUUCCAGGAAGAUCCAGAACUUUUCCGGUACUGCACUUUACCCCAGAUCCUGAAGUAUGUAAAGUGUUUCACCGGACCAAACAUCAUGGCCAUGCACACCAUGCUCAUCAACAAGCCACCUGACACAGGUAAGAAGACAUCUCGCCAUCCCAUGCACCAGGAUCUACACUACUUCCCUUUCCGUCCCGCAGACCGCAUAGUGUGUUCUUGGACCGCAAUGGAGAAAGUGCACCGGCAAAAUGGCUGUCUAGUGGUACUGCCCGGCUCACACAAAGGCACUCUGCAUGAACACGACUACCCAGAUUGGGAGGGUGGAAUAAAUAAAAUGUAUCAUGGGGUUCGUAAUUAUGACCCAAGCCAUUCCAGAGUGCAUUUAGAUAUGGAGAAAGGGGAUACUGUGUUUUGAACUGAGGGGUUCAGAAAGGCGAUCGCUUGUCACUAUGCCAGCGCUGACUGUUAUUACAUUGAUGUGGAUGGAACAACUCAGGAGAACAUCAGCAAUGAAGUGAAGGAACUUGCAGCCAAGAGGAUAGGCGCUCAUACUGUGGUCACAUUUCAGGACACCUGGGCUUUGCGUGGACGCCUGGUUCAAGGAGACAGAACGUCACUGUGAUUUGGUGUGUCACCGUAACAUCUGCCUGACUUUGAGACAGGACAGCUCCACUUAACUGGAACAAUUAACAGCUCACAGCUCUUUGUUAAUUAUUUGAUGAUUUCCUGAUAAUCACAAACUCACUAAAAGUACAAACACUGAUCAUCAGGUGGCACUGUCGGAAUAAAUCGAUACACAUGUUGAAUUGCCUUCCAUGCCUGGGAGUGUUAGUCCUGAUACAUAUUUAGCAGUAAUAAUGAACACCAGACAUUGAAAAGCUGGCAUUAAUAGAUGUAAGCCAAACCCUAUGGUAAUUGUAAGGAAUGCUAGUACAUUUGAUUGAUACAACUAAGGUUUUUGAGACUGCUUGCUGCAAAUAAUUAGUGAGUUUACUGCUAAAGAUGUUUUAGUACUUUGAUCAGAUGUCAAGUAAACUAUGAAUGCUUCGGAAGGUAUAAUAUAGUAACGCAGCUCUUAUUUUAUGAAAUCCCAUCCGAGAUGUCUUACAUUUUGUUGGAUGUUGUGUAAUAAUUCUCUUAAUCGAGUACAGAUCCAGCUCUCUGAGAUGGAAAUGAAGGUUUUGAAAGCAUGAGGGGCGAAGUAAUGAGAGGCAAAUGGUUUUGAUGUCAAGUGUACAAUAUAAAAAAAUGAAUGUGUUUUUAGAUCAAGUUCCAUCAUUCU